GGGUCAGCAAGGCAGAGGACAGGGACCACAACUGGCUGGGCAGAGGACAGGAGUCACUGCUGGCAGGGCAGAGACAGGGGUCACUUUUGGCAGGGCAGAGGACAGGGUCACUUUUGGCAGGGCAGAGGACAGGAGUCACUGCUGGCAGGGCAGAGGACAGGGGUCACUUUAGCAGGGCAAAGACAGGGAGUCACCAUUGGCAGGGUAGAGGACAGGAGUCACUUGCUGGCAGGGCAAAGACAGGAGUCACUUUGGCGGGGCAGAGGACAGGAGUCAUUUUUGGCAGGGCAGAGGAUAGGGGUCACUUUGGCAGGGCAGAGGACAGGGAUCAUUUUUGGCAGGGCAGAGGAUAGGAGUCACUGCUGGUCAGAGCAGAGGACAGGGGUCACUUCUGGCAGGGCAAAGACAGGAGUCACUGCUGGCAGGGCAGAGGACAGGAGUCACUGCUGGCAGGGCAGAGGACAGGGGUCACUUUUGGCAGGGCAGAGGACAGGGGUCAUUUUUGGCAGGGCAGAG